CUUUUUCUUCAUAAUAUCUUUCCGAUCAGACUCCGAAUUCAAGCCGAAGACGCGGUGCAACUCUAAUCAUGAAGGAUCAGAAGGAGACCAAUAACCGAGAAAACGGAACGGAAAAUGGAAAAAGCCGGUGUCUCUGCGUUCUCAGUAAUGGAAACGAUAGGGGACAGACGAUGAACGGUGUUAACAAUCAAUGCGCGGCGAAUGGAGGCGCAGGGGAGGGCGAGGUAGCCAUCUAUAAUGAAAGAGCCGUACAACAAAACGAUAACAACAUGCAGCAGAAUAAUAUUGUCAAAAAGCCGGGACCACUUAGGACAGUCUCGUGGAACGAGAAUGUCGAAGAUUCCGAACUCGAUAUACCGGGAACACCUCGAACGCCGAGGACCUCCACAACUCCAGGACACGAGAAAUGCACGUUUCAUCACGACUUGGAGCUCGAUCAUCGACCGCCAACCAGAGAAGAUCUUCUACCAGAAAUGUCCAGGAGUUAUAAACUCCUCCUCAGUUCCCUUGGAGAGGAUCCUGAACGCCAGGGUCUCCUUAAAACUCCUGAAAGAGCCGCUAAGGCCAUGUUGUUUUUCACCAAGGGCUACGAUCAGAGUUUAAAAGAUGUUAUCAACGACGCCGUAUUCGACGAGGAUCACGACGAGAUGGUAGUGGUGAAGGACAUCGAAAUGUUCUCCAUGUGCGAGCACCACCUCGUUCCUUUCUAUGGCAAAGUAUCAAUCGGCUAUUUACCCUCCAAGAAGAUUCUUGGACUUAGUAAAUUGGCGAGAAUUGUUGAGAUCUUCAGUCGACGACUUCAAGUACAAGAACGUCUUACUAAACAAAUUGCAAUUGCAGUUACCAAGGCUGUACAACCUGUCGGUGUUGCAGUCGUCGUUGAAGGAGUGCACAUGUGCAUGGUGAUGCGAGGGGUUCAAAAAAUUAACAGCAAAACAGUAACGUCAACCAUGCUUGGCGUUUUUCGUAACGACUCCAAGACUAGGGAGGAGUUCCUCAAUUUAGUUAAUUCAAAAUAGAAUCUUCAAGAACACAAAGGAUUUGCUUGCAGUUUUCUUACGCGUAGCGAUGUCAACACGUAGUAGAUUGUAAAUUGAAAAAUUUCCGCCUUCGUCUCAUUUUCUGUAUUCUUCUUGGAUAUAUUUUUUUUCGUAGUUUCAUUUUAGAAAUUAUGUUUACUUGAGUUAGUCUAACUGUCUGGUAAAAAUUCUGUUAGACGCAGAUAGAUAAGUACAAAAAAUGUCCCAAACACCUUAUAAA